AUGGAUCAUUUUCUGCUGAGUUUCUGGCUCCAGAUGUUCUUCUGUGCAGUUACAAAGCUCGUCAUCUGCCAGCAGAGCUACUCAGGCAACUUGGCUCUUGAUUGUGAUUCCAAGGAUGCAGCUGUUCCCUACAGUUGCAAUGGCGAAAAGCCCUCCUGCAAGGCCUUUCUCAUCUCAUGGACCAUAAUCCACUCUCUACCACCUUCUGAUGCUCCUUUAGUUGUUCCAGUUCAGCUAUUCAAGUGUAGGAAAUUAAGGAAAUCGAGACAACGAAAUACUGGUUGGAUUGUACUCGGAGUUUCCUCUACAGUCCUGUCUUUGAUCCUAGCAUGGGUAAUCAUCUCGCUGUUAAGAAAGAAGAAGCUUGUGUUGCCUGAAGAUUUCUUUAAUGGCAACUCCACUAUUGACCAAGGGCUUAGAAUCCACGAAUUUGAGGAGCUAAAGCAGGCGACUGGUGAUUUCAGUUCUCGGGUGAACAAACGAGUCUACGAGGGCAUGAUCAGUGGGCCAGAAGAUGAAUACUACCUUCUUUACAUAUACAUGGAGAACGACUCCUUGAAGGAUUGGCUUCACAAAAGUGGCAGUAGUGUAGUAGAUGAAGCUCAGAGUUGGAGUCCUAGGCUUCAGAUUGCUUUGGAUAUUGCUAAUGGACUUAGCUAUCUCCACAACUUCACUGGAACACCGUAUGUCCAUAAAGAUACCAGCAGCAGUAAUAUUCUGUUGGAUGCUGAUUUGAGGGCUAAGAUUGCUAACUUCAGUCUUGCAAGGUCAGCUGAGGUAGCAUUGUAA